AUGGCGUUGUUGUAUCAGGUCAGCAACGUUUCAAGAAAUGCAAGCGAAGAGUUCGCCGAAUCAAAUGUUACAGAUAGCUUGGAGAAGUCUUCCAGGACACUGUUAAUCGUGAAAAUCACAUGCUACUCCGCAAUCUGCAUCACUGGGACCAUUGGCAACUUGAUGUUGAUAUUUUCAUUAGCUCUAGAGCGGCAACGCAAAACCAGUCAGUACUUCAUCCUUAAUCUUGCAACGGUGGACCUUUUGACUUGCGUGCUGAGUAUACCGUUUGACAUUGUUCUGGUCGCGCUGGGAGGCUGGCCUUUUGGAUCUGUAUUGUGCAGAAUUAUUUACCCUUUGCAGACUAUUUUCAUGGCUGUUUCGGUGUCAACGUUGUUAUGUAUGGCCUUGGAGCGACAUCGGGCAAUUAUCCACCCUCUUAAAUAUAAAAUACCUGGGAGGGUGAUAAUAUUGGUCAUAACACUGAUCUGGGUGUUAAGUGCGGCGUUGGUAUCUCCGUAUGCAUUGGCGCUGAAGAUGAAAAAUGGCAACUGCGUAGAGAAUUGGCCCAACAAUGAUCCAAUAUACCCUAAAAUGUUUACAUUAGGCGUGUUUCUUUUACUCUACUUGGGACCUCUGUGUGUGAUAUCAGUGACCUACACGCGUAUUGGAGUGCACCUUCGAGCCCACAGUCGCAAAGCGAAUUUUCUUGUAGCCAGUAAAAAAGCCUCGGUAAAGAAACAUGCAAGGCGGAAUAUACGAGUCGUCAAAGUGUUCGUAUUUGCUGUUAUAGCUUUCGCAGUUUGCCUUCUGCCUUUUCACGUAAUGUGGAUUUGGAGUGAAUUCGGGAACGGGCAAAAAUGGCCUCAUUUCUCCACGGUUCUGACGUUCGCCUACGUAAUUUUUUACGCCAACAGCGCGGUGGAUCCUUACAUAUUUGGCGCCUUAGGUCGAAGGUACAAUAGUUGCAGAUGCCUUUAUCAGAGAUUUGACAAAUCGGGUCUCACAAUUAUUUUCUCUGAUAGGGAACGUAGGAAAAAAAUGGCGCGAAAUUGGAAAAGGGAGAAGUUAGCCACUCCUUGCGUAAAUGGUGGAAGGGCUAAAGAUUGUUACAAUGGAAAAGAGAGACUCCAAUUUAAUAAUAACUUCUUUGGUUUGGUAUAUGAAUCGACGAUUUAA